UGCAAGAGAUCGAGAGAUUCCGAGCUGCCACGCGCCGUCGCGGUCCCACGGCCGCACGCGUCGUUCGCAGGGCGCAAGCGAUCGGAGCAUCACGCUGCGCAUCCGAAAACGCCGCACAGGCAGCCUCUGCCUAGCUGGGGCAGCCCCGUCGGACGCCUGCCGACGCGAAAGGCAGGUCGGAGUGUCUUUAUCUAGUGCAAGAGAUCCGAUUCCGAUGCCGGCUGGCACCUCCAAGCUGCUCGCGUGCGCCGGCCUGUCGGUUGCGCUCCUCUUUCGUGAGCGGGCGCGCCGCGUCCUCCUCUGCUGGCUGGAGGAUGGGAUGCGAGAGCUGGCGUGGCGGCGGCUGCCGCGCAAGAUCAUCUUCAUCCGGCACGGCGAGGCGCAGCACAACCUCGAGGGCUGCGCGAUUCUCCAGGAGGACAACCCCAACCGCAAGCCCGACAACCUGAGCGAGCUGACGCCCCGGGGUCGCGAGCAGGCCCGAGCCGCCGGCCACCGCCUCCGCAGGCUGCUCGGCGGCGGCGGCACCGUCUCGGCCGUCGUCUCGCCGUUCGAGCGCACGCAGCAGACGCUGUACGCGCUGCAGCAGAACCUCGGCGACGUGCGUGUGCGCCGCGUCCACGUCGACCCGCGCGUCCGCGAGCAGGAGUUUGGGAACUUCCAGGUGGCCGAGGACAUGCCGCGCCACAAGCAGACGGCGGAGGAGGUGGGUCGCUUCUACUACCGCCGGCCGACGGGCGAGAGCGGCGCCGACGUGUACGACCGGGCGGCCUCCUUCUGGGACUCGCUGCUGGGCGGCUCGUUCGACGUGCAGGACCUGUUCCGGCGCCGGCGCGCCGGGCCGGACGACGCGCUGCUCGUGGUGACGCACGGGCUGACGAUGCGGCUGCUGCUGAUGCGCUACUUCAACUGGUCGCCGCAGACGUUCGACGCGGUGUACAACCCGGGCAACUGCGACUUCUGGGUGCUGGUCAAGGACGAGGCGCGGCGCGCGUACCGCCUCGAGCCGGCCGACUGCUCGCCGCCGUGCACGCCGUGGGCGACGCGGCAGGUGCGCGUGGUGAGGCACGCCGGCGCCGGCCUCGAAGCCCAGGACUACACGCUCGUCGACUACCUCGCGCUGCCGCAGCCGCGCACCUCGCACCUGGAGCCGGCGCUGCAAAGCCUCGUGCCGGGCCACGGGCACCACCUCAACCCCUCGCGCCUCGCCUCGCCCGAGGAGCGCGAGGCCUUCAUCAAGGAGCAGCUGGCCAAGGUCGAGCCCAUCGAGGGCAAAGUCCACAGCAUCGACUGGUGGUGCGGCAAGAUCAGCGAGGAGGGCGUCGGGCUGCGCAUGGACAAAAGCCUCCCGAUGCGCCGCACAGUGAGUGCGCGCCGCGAGCGGGCAGCUCGAUGUGAAGGGUGGUAGAGGCCGCGAGGAAAGGGCCAACACCGGUCCCACGAAACCCAGUCACGGUCACGCCGCCGCGCAUUCUUUUUGAUUUCCUCUUGGUUUUAUUCCGUUUCUUAGACGAGCGUCGUCGAACACGCGUGGUAGAUCCUUCGGGCGGCCGCUCUUAAUCAUUUUAUUUCAUUCA